AUGGAUCUCGACCUGAAAUCCGUGCACGUCCUCAUCACUGGUGCUGCGGGUGGUAUUGGCCUUGAAACUACUCGACUUUUCUUAGGUAAAGUCUCGACCUUACCAGGACUGACAUACCCGCGAUGCGAAGAACAAGGCGCGCUCGUCACCGCACACUACCGCAGCUCGGAUGCAUCUCUUCUUCCGCUGCUGGAGACGUACGGUUCGAAACAGCUGCGUCUUGCACAGGCAGAGCUCACUUCAGAGGAUCAGGUUAACGCUCUUUUCGGUCAGAAUCUUGACGAAGAUCCAUUUGGAUCCGUGGAGGUCAUUGUCGUCAAUCAUGGCGCUCACGCACCAACGGCCGUCCCGGUUAAGGACAUGUCCCUAGCGCAGUGGGAACAUUGUGUCAACUCGAACUUGACAUCGACGUUUCUUGUUGUCCGCGAGUAUCUGAAUGCACUGGAGAAUGUCAUUCAAUCAAAAAAGGUGGGUAGUCGAUUUGGAGACCGGGCAUCUGUCGUUUUCGUUGGGAGUACGGCUGGAAAGUUUGGGGAGGCAGGAUUCGCAGACUACGCUUCCAAUAAAAGCGGAAUGAUGUAUGGGCUUGCUUUGUCGCUGAAGAACGAGAUCGUGAAGAUUGCACCUCGCGGUCGAGUCAAUACCGUCGCCCCCGGCUGGACACGAACUCCUUUGUCCGCGGAUCGGUUGAAGGACACGGCGAAGGUGAACCGUGUAUUAGCAACGAUACCAUUAAGAAAGGUAGCCACAACGGAAGACAUCGCGAGUCAGAUAGUGCUAUUGGCUUCGGCGAAGGUUUCUGGCCAUGUAUCAGGACAGGUGUUGAUGGUAGAUGGAGGGAUGGAGGGUCGACUGUUGAACCUUCCCGAAGAUCUUUAA